AGGCGGUGGUGGGUGCCGGAUGUGGCGGUGUCCUCCUCCUCCUCCGCUAUAAGCGUGGCCGCCGGGAGGGGUGUCCGCUCCUCCCGGUGCCGCUCUCUCCUCCGGCCGCAGCCCUGCUGGGAGCAUGUUCCAAAGCCCCGCGCGCUGCCUCUGCCCGGCGCUACGAUCGCUCUCCGGGUCCCUCCUGCUGCCCCGCAGCCCCGGGGCACCGCGGCGCCCGCACCGAGCAGUGUGUUCCAUGGGAAACAGCACCAGCCGGCUUUACAGCGCACUUGCCAAGACGCUGAGCAGCGGUGCCGUCUCCCAGCACCAGGACUGCCUGGAGCAGGCAGACUCGGCACAGCUGGAUCCCAUAGACCCCAAGGAUUUGUUGGAGGAAUGUCAGAUGGUUUUGCAGAAACGGCCACCUCGGUUUCACAGGAACUUUGUGGACCUGAGGAAAAACGCUGCCGGUAACCACCGCCCCAUUCGGGUCAUGCAGUGGAACAUCCUUGCCCAAGCUCUUGGAGAAGGAAAAGACAACUUUGUUCAGUGCCCCAUGGAAGCUCUAAAAUGGGAAGAGAGGAAGUGCCUCAUCCUGGAGGAAAUCCUUGAGUACAAGCCUGACGUGUUGUGCCUGCAAGAAGUCGACCACUACUUUGACACCUUUGAGCCCCUCCUCAGCCGACUUGGCUACCAGUGUACUUUCUUCCCGAAGCCGUGGUCCCCGUGCCUAGACGUGGAGCAGAACAAUGGGCCGGAUGGCUGUGCCUUGUUUUUUCUCAAAGACCGCUUUGAGCUCAUCAACAGUGCUAACAUCCGGCUAACCGCCAUGAAGCUGAAGACCAACCAAGUGGCCAUAGCUCAGACACUGAAAUGCAAUGAAACUGGAAGACUACUCUGCAUUGCUGUCACUCACCUGAAAGCCCGUACGGGCUGGGAGAGGUUUCGGUCUGCACAAGGCUGCGAUCUUCUCCAGAACCUGAAGAGUAUUACCCAAGGUGCAAAUAUCCCUCUGAUCAUCUGUGGAGACUUCAACGCUGAGCCAACUGAGGAGGUCUACAAAGAAUUUUCCAACUCCAGCCUCAACUUAAACAGCGCCUACAAGCUGCUGAGCCCUGAUGGGCAGUCGGAGCCCCCCUACACCACCUGGAAGAUCCGGACCUCAGGAGAGUGCCGGCACACACUGGAUUAUAUCUGGUAUUCCCAGCAUGCUUUGAAUGUGAACUCAGCCCUGGGCUUGCUGACUGAAGAGCAGAUUGGGCCCAACAGGCUGCCAUCCUUUAAUUACCCUUCCGAUCACCUCUCUCUGGUGUGUGACUUUAGUUUCAACCAAGACCCUGACAGACUGCUCUAAUGUGUUGGGAUGCCACCAGGUAUCGCAGUGUCUUAACUCACCACUAAUUUUCUUUUAGAGAAAACUUUUGAAGCUGGAAGCUAUUGAAGGAUGAGGAAAUGCCGUUGACUCAAUGUUAUCUCGGGCACUUGUUUGGAGUUACACUUGCCAUUCAGCACGUGUUCAUCUGGGGCCUCCAAGGGAGGAAGAAAGGACUCGGUGUUCUUGUUGUGGUGUUCUUGCUGUGUCAGUUUGAAAACAGGAAGGCAAAUGAGCUUUAUCCUUCACUAACCCUCACGUUUAAGGAUUUAAUCCUCUAAUGAAUGUGGAGGGCUUAGUAUUUAAAUCAAAACACUUGUGUUUGUAAAACAACUUGCCCUGACAGCAUGCCAAUUUUAUUUAUUUCAUGUUAAGCUUCUGCGAGUACCAAAGGGAACGAGGCUCGACUACUCAGUGAGAUCCUCUUAAAUCUUUCUCUGUUGCAAUACGAAGGAAGUUUAAUGCAGUUUAGAUAUGAACAGAUCUAAGCUCAUAUUACAUUUUUACAUUACUCGAGAUGACAACUUCAUUAAAAGUGAAUGGACUUUCUCACAGUGUGAGAAAGGCCUCUUCCAGUAAGAGCAGGAGAAGAAAUAGAGGCUAACAACUCUAUGGGUAUAGUAAUAUCCUCAUUUUUUAGAUGAAUGCUCAUGUGUCUGUUUCACACAUAUGGCCUGUAGUUACGUACACACAGCGACCGUUAACCUUUAUCUCUUCUGUGCUUCCCUCCAGAGGACACACACCUAACCAGGGAUUCCUUCCUCCUCUCCUUCAAGUACUACUUUUCUAAAUGCGUUAAAUUUGUAGUCUUGUCAAUCUUGCUGUUUCAGUAAAGGGCCAAUCUUCAUGUUGAAAGACUUUGUUUUAUUUAUCUUCAGAAUUUAAAGUUACACUGGAACCUGUUAGAAGAUAAUGAUAAUUUAUUUAUUGACAGAAGUUGGUGAUCCUGCAUCUGACUUGAAAUCCUCCAGCAGCGAUGUUCAGGAGCCUCUUUCCAUUUCCCAGAGGCACUCUGGCUAAGCACCUAGGCUACAACAGAGCUGUGUUAGUAUAGUAACGCCUGUGCGUGGAGUGGUAUGACGUAGGUAUUGCAUACGUGGGUUGUAAACAUGCCGCUAAGCUGGAAAAUGAGGUAGGGAGAGAAACGGGAAGAGAGACAGCAGCUGGAGUUGGCUGACAUUGAGAUAGUUGGGAAGGAUGAGACAGAGCAAAUAAAGGAGUAUUUCUGUAUAAAGUAAGGCCCAUAGUGACUCUUAAAUGUUCCAGGUGUUUAUUAAUAAAAGUCUUUGGAAA